AAGCACAGUAGGACAUACCAGGCGUGCAUACCGUGCCGGCGGAGAAAGGUCCGUUGUGAUCUCGGUCCAGUCGACAACCCCCACGACCCUCCGUGUGUCCGCUGUCGUCGCGAAGCAAAAGAAUGCUUCUUCUCCGCCACCAGAAGGAAGAAGAGGGCCGCCGAUUCUGGAACUGUUGGAGAUGAGGUCGAUCCCAACGACUACGAGAUUCGAGGAGGACGCAAGAGGUUGAAGCACAAUGUCGCCGAGUCGGUCGACUCGGAUGCUCGCAGUCCACAUUCCCCAGUACCUGUCGCUGCACCCUAUAUACCACGCCCUUUGACGCCUGGAGGUUCUAUGGGCCGUCAACAGCCUCUACGCCGGCCACACUCGACAUCUCAAACAGCGUACCCAGGUGAUGAAGCAGACGAUCAUGUCAACAGUCAUACUGCCGCUCUCUUACAGACCGCAGAACUACACAACGGUCACGAUGCCUUGAAUGUCUUGAUCGAAGCUGCCACGGCCAAUCACCGUACCGGCAGUGCUAGCGAUGCGAACAAGUAUGCUUCAUCUUUGCCUAGUCCGGCCGAAUUACCACUACCUUCAGCUUCGAAACCACCGCCGCCGGAUGCCUCGAUAGACCCUGCCAUCAUGCAGCAACCGACCUCAACUGCUCGACCUUCCUCUUCAGCAGAUUACGCUUCGGCUUAUGCCGCAUGGUCGCGUUUCAGGUUCGUUCGCAAUGGCUGGUUCACCAUCAAGGAAGGCAUGGAUUAUAUCGAGUACUUCUAUACCUACAUGUCACCACUGACACCGAUUGCUCUUCCGGACUAUCGUGGACCUGACAAGCAUGGAGCUUUGUUGGAGAACGAACCCAUGCUUGCCGUUACCAUGCUCAUGAUUGCAUCGCGUUACAUGACGUUAUCUGGACCUGGUGCUACUAGUCGAUCGCAUUCCAUCCACGCCAGACUUUGGCCGUUUGUUCAGCGUAUCAUUGAUCGUAUCGUCUGGGGACGUGAGUUGUCUGGAACUACGCUCCAUCCUGAUGAGACACAACCGGGCUGUGAUGUCAACCCUCUUUCCCGCAAAGGUCUUUUGACUCUAGGCACAGUUGAAAGUUUGCUGUUGUUGACUGAAUGGCAUCCGAGAAUGAUGCAUUUCCCUGCAGAUGAGGAUGACACCCAACUUAUGGCCCCUGUGGAUCCAAUGGCCUCGAUCAACGAGAGCACAUCAAGUCCUGACAAGGGCCAAGGAGGCCAUGCAUUGACUUCAUGGUUAGAGCCUUGUUUUAGAAGUGAUCGCAUGUGCUGGAUCCUUCUCAACAUGGCAAUGACAGUAGCUUCGCAAAUCGGAGUCUUCGAUCCGGACUGCUCGAGACAUUUACAAGGCAUAUCCCCGGCACAGCAGGAAAUCUACCAGCGGAGACGACUGCACGUCAAAAGUGUAAUCCUAGGAUACAUCACGCAGACCAGUGGACGGAUGGGUGUAACGGCCAUGCUUCCUCAAGGAUACGCUGAGCCUUCCCUGAGUGAACUGUACAACCCGAAGCGAUCGAGUUUCAAGGAUACCAAAGAUAUCGUUCUUCAUUUCUGGUUACGUCUGGCUACACUAGUCAAGAUCAACAACGAAGAAUUGUACGCAAAUAGACAGCAGACUCGUGAGAUCAUCAAGACGGGAAAAUACAGAGAGUUGUUGCAACGUAUAAAGCCGUCGUUGGUGCAAUGGCGGAGAGAGUUUGAAGCAUACCGAAACAUCCCAAUAUUACUUCGUCAUGUUCUGAUAAUCGAGUAUGAGCAUACUCGAGUGAUUCUGCAUCAAUUAGCGUUGCAAGCUGUGGUUGAGAGAUGUGCGAAUAACAACACGGGAGCUGCCGGCAAAAUCAUCCCUCCCAAUGUGCUUGACCAGUGGUUUGGCAGCGACAGACAGCACGUGGAUGAAGUAAUGCAGGCUUGCCGCAAUGUCCUAAGAGUCGUUGUAGAUGGUCUGGCUCCCGGUGGGUAUCUCAAGCAUGCACCAGUCCGUACAUUUUUCCGCAUCGUGUCUGUCACGUUGGUGCUGGUCAAGACAUUUGCCUUUGGUGCCUUUGAAAAUGAGAUGGCGCUAUCUCUGAACCUAAUGGAUCGCACUGUGCAAGUAAUGCGCAACCACGUCGUCGACGACGUACACCUCAGCAACCGCUUCUCAAACUUCUUGGAAGUAAUCACCAAUCGCCUGCGACCCAUGAUCGUGCGCAUGUCACGCACAACCGGCGCCUCCUCUGCCAAUGCCGCCAGCCGCGUAUCUUCACGUCCUGCCUCUCCUGGCAGCAACCUCCAAAACAGGACUACCGAGCACAUGCCCGCCUUCCCCACCAAUGGCUUCUCUGACCCACAAGCACAGCAAGGAAACAGAGACGCAAACGCAAAUGCUCAAGCGCUCUAUGGUAUCCCCACCCAAACCUACGAUAUCAGCGACGGCAACAAUGCAUUUUCCAUCAUGCCGCCGCCUACAGAGGUGUUCAAUCAGCACGGUCUACCUGCGUCCGAUACGCAUGAUCCUCAGGACUUUUACAACCCAUACGGAGACGCAAGUUUUGUGGGUGCGGAUGAUGGAUAUGACUGGUUGGCUUUGCCGCUGGACCCGAUCUUACAGGCUGGAGGGCAGGAUGUCACGGCGAAUUGCUUUGGCCCAGGGAUCGGAGAGUUUGACAUGUUGGAAGUGUUGUUG